CAGAAGUAGGGAGAGCUUGUUGAACGAUCGCCAUUAGAUGGUAGUUAAUGCUUUCGUGAUGAUUUCGUCAGUUAAAGAUAAAGUGCUUUACAUUGAAGUCUAAUCGCCUAUUCUCAUUUUCUAGCAUACGAUGUUUUGUGUAUUGAUUGUGAAACUACAUCGAUUUAAUAAUGUUAGUUAUGAAGGUUUUAAGUUGACCAAGCAUGACUGUGCCACUCACCUGGAACCUGCAGUGGAUUGUUUGAAGUUUAAUUCUUCCAACGCUGUGUAAGAUAUUACAUCAAACAAAACGCUGCUUAAUAAUUCAGUUCAUCGCUCCACGUGUUUUCAUUCAUAAAUAAUGUGGAGGACGUCACGCCUCCUGCUCCAACAUGUUCGAACGCGAUAGUUAUAACGGAAUUAUUGGAGAAAUUACGACUGUGAAUUGAGGGUUAACAACGUGGAUGUGAGAAGGCAGACGAUACGUGACGUGGAUGUUCCUCAUUACAUUCCGAGGAAGGAAAACGUCCAACAGGGAGGGACGAAGGAAGGGAAGGACACGAAACAGAGGGAGGGGUCAAAGAGAAGGGACUUUCUUCCCGAUUUUAAAACCUGCAGUGAAAAAUACAUCGGAUCGAUUUCUAAUCAGGAAAUACCGAAGUGUGAUACGUAUUAAUUAGUGGCGCUAUAAAGGACCUAGUACGUACGUACACGGGAGUGAUGACCACCGGUCAAGCCGAUAAUGUUUGUCCUUAGGAAGUGGAAUUAAAUGUGAUCUCCAGGAGGAAUCCGGUACGGUGGCUGGUGUCCGGGGACUUAACCAGGACAUUCCGUGUCGGAUAAUAAGAUGAGAACCUACGGAGAAACUGUGUUACAGGAAACAACACAUCACAACCUUCUCAGUGUACCCGAGGAGAGGACCGCUACCAUUGUUUAUGGAUCACAGUACUACGUUUUGCCGGCGGAGUGAUCUCUUCAGACAUGGUGUGUUGCAGUCCGAUGAACUUUGCAGGAAACAGUCGGAUCACACGAUAUCUUUGUGUGAAUGAUGUUCGGACAUGCGCAGACAGAACAGCAUAUUCACAUACAAUCACGUGACAAACAAGUCAAAGAUAUGGUCAAAAAGAUGGUACUGAAUCUUGAAAAUCUCCAAGGUAACCUACAACAAGUUGUCAGUGAUCUUAGGACGUUGGUGGAUCAGAUAGACUCCGUAACGGCAAAAAUUGACAAAACGUACGGCACAAAAUGGCGACGUGAAGAGAAAUCGCCAUCAUCAAAGACUGCACGCUCACCGUCAAACAUUCCUAGGAGAACAGGUAGGAACGGCGAUGACGUGAAACGUGACCUUCUUCGCGUAGAGGAAACGAGAGCGUGGGACGCAUCUCCCGACCUUGACCUUUCUUAUUUACAAAUAUCCCCAGGUGAGCACCGGUCAAGGUGGGGAAGGUCAUUAGUGUUAUCUGACCCUUUAAAUAUUUCAAGUAACGCCGAACGGACUCCAAAACGGUCUUUCUCCCUUGGUACCGAUAUGGGCGACUACGUAGGGGCGCCGUUGCAAGAUCUACUACAGAACGACACUGUCUGCGGCGCACCGCGCCAGGCGCCAAAGCGCUCCAUAUCGGUCAACACGGAUAUGACGGAUAACAGUGGCGUGUCAGUACAGACAUGCAUUCCCGUUCCGGUCGCUAAAUGUUUCGCGCAAAUCAAACAUAACGUUGUUGAGGAGGAAAUGACACUACCUAAACCGGAAGUAGAUAUUUCUCCUGAUUCAAAAUCAUCGGGGGAAAGCGUUGAUCAUAAACCUGUGAUAGCUGUAGACGUUACACCGGAAGACGGGAUUAAUACGUUAUAUGGUUGUUUCGGGGCAGAGGCAAGUGGUAGCAGUGCUUCGGGGGGAGGUUAUACAGGAGGCGGAAUACCUUACGAUCUGUUGAACUCAAAGAUCGUCAACGUUGAUAGCUCGAGCGAGCACGGGUCGUACAGUACUGAGGACUACGAUGGGAUGUACGAACGUUUGAUGGAGAACCAAUUGGAGAACAUGUCGGCGUCAUCGGACUGUACCGACCUUACGGAAUCUUCCGAGUACAACAUGGACCUCGGAAGUCUAGACAAGAGUGACACCACAAGUUUCUCAGACGAUAUCGAGGUUCGGUACGACCGGGAUAUUAACACCUGGACGUCAUACACAUUGGCACACAUGAACAGCUCGGCGAGAAGUUCCGAUAGUUGCCUUUCGGAAACCCCUUCGGAUAUACUUAAUGAUAACACUCAGGCAACUGUUAUGUAUGGAAAUAUGAUAUUUUCGGACCAGCUGGUUGUUCUGAACUCCAGAAAACAUCGGCGUAAAAGACUUCAAAGGGAUCACAUUACGAACAAUGCUGUUGAUAUACCCUAAUCACGCUCUAGUCUUGUUGUAGUUCACCCGUGAUUAGCGUUUUAUCAAGUUUAACAUUCUGAAAAGAAGGACCGACAACAGUUCUAUUUUAAAGCAAAUGUUACGUCUAUUUUGUGCAAUGUCGAGUAUGGAUUCUUCAGAUAUGUGUGAAUAUUUCACCUGUGAGUUUCAGGAUGAUCUUUGACCCGGCACCAGGUUCAAGAACAUUCCUUCAGUUGAGGAAAUCCCUUGAGGUAAAGGGUACCUUAAAGUUUGAAUAUAAUAUUCCAAUUGUCGCUAUCAUGAAAAAAAUCCCAUUCUGCAGUAUGUUUUCAUUAAAAAAUCAUCUUGCAAUGCAUUUUACGAAAUGACAGUCGUUCAAUAUUUGUGUAUUAUUUGCAUUAAACUUAAAAAAACGUGGAAAAAAGAACAGCCAAAAUCUAACCCGUGACAAAUACGCUGUCAGUCCUACACUUGACCAAUAUUGUUAUCCAGGACUUUUGAAAGCAAACCAUCAAAAUACAAGUAAGUCAGGGAAGCUUCAUCUUCUAUAUAAAAGGGACAAACCCCUCUUCGACAUUAUAAAUGAUGGGGGCUAUCCUUAACCUUGGUAUAAAAGUUAAAUGUAAAUGAAAGCAUUUUUGGGUUAAAUUGAGUAAUGCUUCUUAUGUUAAGGAAACAUUCCUAACUGAAGUUCUUUAAUUAGGGAGCUUUCGUUAAACUAGGGCCUGCUAUAUCAGGAUGUGCUAUGCUGUCUAAAAUUAACACAGUGAAAUAUACAUUUAACACUUUAGUUACACAUUUUUCGUACUUAAGAUAUAUCCUCUAAUUUAAUUUGUUGUUGAAUUGAACUGUCAAGGAAUUAUUUGACAAUUACAUGUCAUACCGACAUCCUAGGAGGAUUACAAUCAUUUGUGUAACAUUUGUGGACGGAACAUGUAUAUAUAUAUAUAUGACCCUAGAGAUGACUGAAUUUUCUAGUAAGGGGUCAAGUUCAUUCUGGAAUCUUCAGUAUCCAUCGAAUAAAGUUGUGUAGA